AGCUACAUUAUGUUAAGGCUAUACGGGGGAUCUUUGUCUUUCUAGAUGCAGUAUACAGAGGGGAGCGGUGGCGCAGUAGUUAGCGCGCUGCGCUACGAACCCGUCGACCGGAGUUCGAUUCGCGCUCACGGCCAACACCGGUGACAAUCAUCCGAGCCAGUCCUAGUCCUCUCCUAGGUCGACUCAGCCUCAAAUGAGUACCACGUGUUAAAGUCACGCCCCCUUGCGUGUCGCGCCGUGCCCGCAUUCACAGGUGCUACUCGCCAACAGCACUUGCCCCAACAGUCUGUCACAGGCUAUACGGGGGAUCUUUGCCUUUGUCUGCGGUUGGGAUGGUCUCUUCCUGCAUUGACAAACUCUCCCCUCCCAUCCAGCGUGGAGUGUUACCGCACGCGGUGAAUCACGCGGCCAGACAACUCAGUACGCGCGUCUCUCGAUGAUGAGCGAAUGUCUAAUCGCUUCGGUCGCCUGCCACUGUGUGUGUGCGCCUUGUGAGCUUGUGCGUGUGCUCUGUGGGUUCAGGGAUACACUAUUCUAGAUAUACACACGCAGUGCUGACACGCACACCACACACACACACUGUAGUCUUCCGUGUCUGCGCGCGUGUGCGUCUGUGUGUCCAGAGAUAUUGUAGUGUAGCACACAGUGCUGGUACAAGGGAUACAGGAGGAGCACACACACACACACCAGGGCGAGCUGGAGGUAAUCCGAGCUGGUCCCCAUAGCCUAUGUUGUGCUGCGUGGAGACAAGGACCGCCUGUACCUCGGGGUGCGCAUGCUGUCUGGAGCAGCCGGCUGAUGACAGCAUGUCCCGGCCACUCCGCACGGACACGUGGGGAUUCCAAGAGUGCGGGCCCCGCGUGCGGUCUCCGCGCGCGGUUGUCGCCAACGCCGGCCCAGCGGGCAAUGGGCGCUGUCGCGGCGGCGGCCGCGUCGGCGUCGUCGUCGCCGGUCGGCAGCGUGGAGGAGGAGUGGCGGCGGAGCGAGCGGCCCGCGACAACCGCCGGCACACGGUGAUCGGCGUGCGGCUCGUCGACGACCCCGGCCCGGCGGCAGCGCGACCCCAAGCGGCGGCGGCGGCGGCGGCGGCGACAGCGGGCGGGGCCCACGUGCGGCUCAGCGGACUGCGCAGCCAGCCCGACCUGCAGGACGCCAUGCAGGCCGCCGACACCGACUUCGGCCCCUACCGGCCCAUGAAGGGGGGGCCGGAUGUGAUGUCGGAGAACGACCCCAGGUUCAUCAGAGGGACCAAACAGCGCGUGUCACUUCCUGUCGUCCGCUCGGCCAACCAGAGCAAAGAGAAAACGCUCGGCGUGCUGUUCCUGCACUACGGCGGGGAGACCCGGCAGACCGUGAUGCCCAACGCGGUGACCACGCUGGACACGGUGCGUGCCCUCUUCGUCAAGGCCUUCCCGGACAUGCUCAGCAUGGCCGCGCUGGAGGCCCCGGACGCCGCCUUUCUCCUGCGCGACGCUGGGUCCACCGCCACUUUCCGCCUCCUCUCCGACCUACGGGAGAUAACAAACAAGGCCACCCUGAAGGUCGGUUUCAGGGCCCCCGUCAGCAGACAGCCCCAGGCGGUGAACGGAGGAGACGUGUGGGAGGAGUCGGCGCGACGCUCGCACAGCGUCGGCGGCUACCGACACGGCUCCCUCUCCGGCUCCGCCACGCCAACCGUGCCGCAGUCCCCCGCUCAGCGCCACUACUUGCUGCAGCAGCGGCAGCAGCAGCUGCAGCAGCAGCAGCAGCUGCAGCAGUCCUCCGCCGUCGCCGGAUUCAUCUCGGGCAUCCAGGGCCCGAGCGCCUUCUCCCCAGCGGCCGCCUUCUUCGGGCCGCCGUCGCCGACGGCCUCUACCUCGUCCGUGGCGGCGCUCGGCUCCAUCCUGGAGCGGCGCGACGUCCGCCCCGACGAGGACUUGCGCAAUCGCGACGUGCUGCUGGUGCGCAGCGACGCCGGCACCCUGCACUACCCGCAGGCACUCGUCGGCACCGUCGGCACCGUCGGAGGUGGGGGCGGCCGCUACAGCCUGGCGGCAUCGGGCCACGCCGUCGCCUCCUCCUACUCGGCCGGCGACCGCGGCGGCCGCUCGGGCCCGUGGGACGACUCGGCGUUGCCGCGCGCCUACGCCGGCUCAUCCCAGUGGCGCGGCCACGACACCGGCGGCGGCCACCAGCACCAGCACCAGCAGCACGCGCGGUCGCGUACGCCGCCCGCGUCGCUGCACGCCCUGCAGGCGUCGCUCGCCCCGCGCACCGUGGUGCCCAUCGCGCUGGACGAGUCCGACUUCGGCGCCGGGCGGCGCUGGGCGCCGGCGUGGGGGGCCGCCGCCACCGCCACGCUGCCCCCCGAGCAGCAGCGACGGAAGGUGUCGGUGGGUUCCUCCGACACCGGCACCGUCACGCCAUUCAGGCCCAUCGGCCACGUCGAUGACAGGGAGACGCGGGAGCGCAUGGAGUCGAUGGAGAGGCAGAUCGCGUCGCUCACGGAGCUGCUGCACCGCAGCGUCACGCGGGAGGACGCCGCCGCCACCUCCUCCUCGUCGUCGGGAGCCGUGCAGUCGGCACGCGCUGGCACCACCGCCGCCAGCGCCGUCUCGUACGCCGCCCAGCCUGCGUUUGGCGGCAGAACAGCAAGGGCCAUGCGUGGCAGAGACAAGUCCGGGCAGGAGGCCCGCGCCACGGCAUCGCGGCUGCACGGAGGCAUCGCCCAGCUGCGUGCCGAGCUGCAGGAGAUCCGCCGCUUGCAGCUGAGCCAGCGGGCGGCGUGGCAGGCCACGGUCGCGUCCGUGCGGCAGGAGAUCGCGGGCCGCCUGGCGGGCGAGGUGGCGCGGGCCGCGCGGGACGAGCCCGCUCGCAGGCUGCGUGUGCAGGCCGAGGAGGAGCGGCAGGCGUACGUGGAGAGGCAGCGUGCGGCACAGCACCGCCUCAGCGAGCUGGAGGAGGCCGUGGAGACGCUGCGCUCGAGGGCGUCGCUGCCGGGAGUCGUCUCGCUGGCGGACGUGGACGAGGGGGGCGAGCUGCUGCGCCAGCUGGAGGAGGAGACGUCCUCGCUGCAGGGGCAGUUCCCGACGAUGCAGUCGCGCAUGCAAGGGCUCCUGCGCGUCGAGGUGGAGGCCAUGAAGUUCCUCAAGGACGAGCCGCACAAGCUGGACGAACUGCACAGGGGCUGCCGCAACCUCGCGUCCACCCUUGUUCUCCUGCGCAGGUCCAUCGUCGAAGGAACCCCGGUAAACGAGCCAGAGAAGCCACCACCUGCUGUGCCUGAACCGGACCUCGAUCCGGUUGUCCAGUGCGACGCGUACGUGCCACACUUUGCCAGCAGCCACCGGAGCGUGCUGUCGCAGCAGCAGCAGCAGCAGGAGCUUGAGCAGCAGAAGCAGCUUCAACAGCAGCUGGAACAGCAGAAGCAGCUGCAGAUUCAGCAGCAGCAGAAGCUGCUUCAACAGCAGCAAGAACAGCAGAAGCAGCUGCAACAACAGCAGGAACAGCAGAAUCAGCUUCUGCAGCAGCAGAGGCUGCUUCAUCAGCAGCAGGAACAGCAGAAGCAGCUUCAGCAGCAGCAGAAGCUGAUUCAACAACAGCAGGAACAGCAGAAGCAGCAGCUUCAGCAGCAGCAAGAGGAACAGCAGAAGCAGCAGCAGCUUCAGCAGAAGCAGCAGCAGGAACUUGAGAAGAAGCUGCAGCAUCAGCAACAGCCGCAGCAGCAGCAAGCAGUAACAUCAACAAUGGAAGUUACGACGCUUGAGGAUGUCGUUGUCCAGAACAGAACUGUGCACGUCACGAGAACGGAGGUGAACGGGUCAGAGGAGGUCACACGUACGGAGGUCAGGAGGUCAGAGGUCAGUAGGUCGGAGGUCACGCCGAGCGGGGCCUCCGGGGCGGAGGAUGGCGUGGGUAGCGAGGCACCGCUGGCUGCCGCGGGCAGCCCCGAACGCGCCGACAGGGCGGAGGUGGAAACGAUCACGGUGUUCCUCACGCAAGUGUCCGACGUUCCGGAGCGCGGGCUUGAAGCGGAGGAGGAGCCCCCGGCGACCGUGCGGGCGGCCCCCGCGGCCGCGAGCGAGCGCGACGACAAUGGAGCGGCGGAAGCCGGCGCCGCCGCUGUCGGCGAGGGGAAGCCGGAGAAGAGGGACACCGGCAAUCGGCGCGUGAGCUUCGCCAAAGAUCUCGACGCGCCGUCGCGCGAAACCAGCGGCAAGACGACCGCGACGGGGCGGGCGUCCCGCUCGUCCGCCCUCCGCGGGGCGGUGUCGGCGGAGGCCACGGAGCAGGCAGAGGACGCGGAUAUCCCCCCACCCCCCACCAUGAGCCCCCCGCCCCCACCGCCACGCACCGGCAAAGGCUUCAAGUUCGUGAGGACCACGCCAGCCGAGGUCCUCUUCAUGAACCGCAAGGCCAACAAGUUGGCAGUGGACACGCGGGCCAACCAAUCGGAAGAGGAGGACAGCCAGACCCCGCCUCCUCCUGGCUCCAGCUCCAAACCGGAGGACGACGGUCAAACAAGUCACAUGACCAUCGAAGUGCAGGGCGGAGCUUCGAGCGUCAAAGACGCUCAACCGGUGGUGGCCUUCGAAGAGGAGAUCACCGACUUCUCUUCGGGCCAUGGAGCGGCGGGCCGGAAGUCCCCUGGCGGUGGCAGGGACGCGCGGCGCAGCCAGGUGGUGUUCCAGGAGAAGGAUGUCGUGGACCGUCGAGCCCAGGCGCCCAAGACCAUCACAAUCCGCUACAUCGAGGAGAUCACGUCGGAGUCGACGGACGAGGACGGCGAGCCGUCGCCGGGCGCCGUCAAGGAGAAGUUGGCGUUCCUCAUCCGCGAGAGCCACGUGCAGGCCGUGACGCACGACGAGGCGGCGGCGAUCGCCGGCGGCGACGGCGUCACCACCUUCACCUUCACCCGCAAGCCGCCGGAGGACGACGGAGACAACGACGGAGGAGGGGACGGGAGCCCCGGAGCUGGGGGCGGCGGCGGCGAUGACGACGGCGGAGGAGGAGGAGGAGAAGGAGGAGGCGCAGGUCGAGACGCGCGGGGGGAAUCGGGGGGAGACGCGGGGAGCGGCGAGGCGGCCCCGGCGCCCGAGGUGGCGCUGCGCGACAAGAAGCCGCUCAUUCGUCAUCUUCGACGAGCCAAUGGACAUCCGCUCGGCCUACAAGCGGCUGUCGACCAUCUUCGAGGAGAAAGACCUCGAGGAGUACCAGGAGGAUGAGACGGAGGAGGAGGAUGACGACGACGACGACGACUCGAGCAGCUUCGAGUACAACGAGCGGGAGGCGGCCCGCGCGGCCGCGGAGGAGCCGGCGUCGCCGCUCGUUGCCGCGCCCGCGACGCCGGAGGAGCGGGACGAGG